AUGGGGGCGGGGCCCCCCUUUUGGGAGGAGGGGUGGCCCUCCAUCCCUAUUUCUUUCUAUGGCUCAACUUCUCCAGCCACGGGCCUGAGGCUCUAUUCUCCCGGGGGAGUCAGUCCCAACACAGGGGGACAGGCCGCCUCCUACCUUUUCUCCCCACUGGUCCCGGGACCACUUUGGGACAAGCCUCCUGGGGACCGGGGUUGGCUCCAUGGGCCUGCCAAACCCGCCGACGUGGGUUCUUUGCGGCCGGUGGAGAAUAAAGGGGAGGUGAAAAACAACCGGGGGGGCCGGGGGGGGGGACGGAACACCGCCCAAACGGGGAAGAUUUUGGGUCCGUUAACCGGGGGUUACAACAAGCCAUUGGGGCUUCCUCGUGAACGGUAA